AUGGAGCGUGCAUGGGUUGCAUCAUGCUGGAAGUUUCCGUGGCUACAUGACCCUAUUCAACUUACACCUCGACUCAAUCUCGAUAACAUUAACAAGGCGUCAGUGAGGGCUUCUGCCGCGAGAGCUGUUGGAAUACCAGAACUGGCAACUUUGCCGCCAGUGGUCUUGCAGAUGAUCAGGUCAUUUGUGCCACAUCACUCGUUGUGGAAGUUCAGCUCCAUCCAAAAUGUUGCAGAAAGUAUGUCCUCGUUGGGAACUGAUAUCGAGAGUUACCCAUUGGCCAGCAUCAAGUCAUGGCAACGUGGACAGCCAGUUGUCUGUGAUAAAGGCGCAUUGAAAGACUUCGUUCUCAGACUAACUGUCGAUCGCGAUGGCCUCAGUAAAAUUGAGAAACUGGAGAGCUGGCCCGAGUAUAUUCAGAUUCGGUCUAAUGCUUUUGCUUAUCUCUUCGUCGUGCUCAUCCGAGCAGCAAAAGCACAUGUUGAUUUUAAGCUUGGGCGAGCCUGCUUGAAAACGACUUCAGGCUUCGGAUACGGGGAGUUUUGGGACACGCCAACCCCUCCAGAUAAUGGACUAAACAUGUUCGCAGUACCAAUCGACCGCGAUGGUGCUAUCCGUUUCCGAACGGUAGAUCUCUGCAAUAUCACCGGUCUGACAUUCUUCUAUUUGAGAGGUUGUAUCAUGGGGGUUCGCGCUCACACAGCCGACUCGCCAACAGCAAAAGCCACUUUGGAUAAGAUAUCAACAAUACACCCGAAGUACUUGAUGUGGGCGUAUGUACCAAUUUCGAGUAAAGACAGUCUUGUGAGGAUUGGCGUACGCGAUAGUAUGGAAGUUUAUCUGCCUCCAUCGUUUUUGAAACCGACAGUGCUGAUAUCAAUCAAGCUCGCCGGUGAUUUCGUGCUAGGUCCUGAUUAUGGAUCUUCCAAGAAAGAAUACUUUUCAGAAGAGGAGCCGACCUCAUUUGUGUACAAUGUUCCGCAUAAAAGAGGCCACGGCAUAUAUGGAGCAGUAAGUGACAAGAAAGGUAACGGGCCUUCAGCACGAUUCCCCCGGAUUCUUCCCAACAGAGGAUGUCCCCCAUAUCGUGGCUGCCUUUACUUCGAGGCCCCGGCAAAGGAUAUUGUUCACGUCGGUGUCUAUUACGAGGAGGCCAGCGGAUAUUGCAGAGGACUCCUCCUUGAAUACGCCAACGGCGCUCAGAGGGCGCUGGGCCAAUGCCGAGUCGGGGUUGAUCCCUUCAAGUCUUAUGAUAAGCCAAACUGGCUUUGCUAUUCCCAUAGCUUCGACGAUAACCCUUUCGAUCGGAUUAUGCAAUCUAAAGUCGAAUACAGCACUGGUUCGAAGAGUCAUGACGAUGAUGAAAGGGGUAUGUUCUCUCACUGGACAUGUACUCGCAUGGACGGGACCCUCGAAUUCGCGUGUGAUCAUAGAAUAGCUGAUUUGGACUCAUAUGACUGA